GUUUCCUAACCUCACUUCUCAAGCUUUGGUCUGUUUGUUUAACUAAAAAGUAACAUGAACUUGUGAUAAGUUCAGUGUUUCGGGUUUAACAUGCAUGUGUCCGAACAAACGUGUCGCGUUUGUUUAGGCAAACAACGUCUGAAUGCUAUAUUCAAGAAGAAUCUUCCGGGAAAGAUUAUGUAUUGUGCUGCUGUAGAAGUUUCGGAAGAUGAUGAAUUGCCGAAAAUGAUCUGCAACCAGUGUUUAUUCUACUUAGAUGUCGCUUACAUAUUUCGAACUGUGUGUGAAGCUACUGAUGCCAAGUUGCGAAAAUUAGUUGAAGAGAACAAGCGUGUUGCAGAUUUACCACCCACAACUCCUGUUAGACAAGAUAACGCUGAAGACGUUGUUAAAGAACCACAUUCUGAAGACGUUGUUAAUGAACGUUCUGCAGACGUCAAUGAACAACGUUCUGAAGACGUUGUAAGUGAACAACAUUCUGAAGACGUUGUAAAACAACAAAAUUGUGAAGACGUCUAUUUUAUUAAUAGUCCAGUUGCCAACGAAGUCGUCAUUGGCGAGGAGGAAGAUGAUCUCGAGGUGGAUAUUGUAUUAUCUGCUUGUGAUGAAAGUAGUAGUAGCGUAGAAGUAGAAAAUAAGACAUCACCACCAAUGGUUGAAAUUGAUAUGAAUGCGAAAAUUUCGGACGAUUGCAAGGAAAAUAAAGAGAAAAUUGGACGCCACACUGCAAGAAAAAUUUCUGCCAAAGUGGCUAAACGGGUUCCGACUUUGGGGGCCACGUUUAUUUCUGAGGAGCUGCAACGUCCACAAGGCGAGAAAGUACCUGAAAAUAUAAUUAAAGAAACCCCACCUGAAAUAUCACAAAGACUGCUACCUGAAAAGAUUGAUGAAAGUUCCAUUGAAAGAAAAAUGUGUGAAGCCCCUAAAAUGCACCAAUGUAACCAAUGCAAUAAAUCGUUUCCAUAUAAGAGCUACUUGAAAAGACAUAUGACUGUUCACGUAACAAAUAAAAAGUACAAGUGUUCUCAGUGUGAUAAAAAAUUCAUCAAUCAACAUAAUCUUAGUGUGCAUAUGCAAACCCAUUCUGGGAGUUUUCCAUAUAUGUGUAAGUUUUGUGAUAGAGGUUUCGCAUGGCCUAGUCUACUGAAGCGCCACCUGAAUUCGCACACUUCGAUGGCGGAGUUUCAGUGUAAAUAUUGUUCCAAAAAAAUGCUUCAUUUGAGUAGUUUGAAGCUCCAUGAAAAAAUGCAUUUAUAUCGACCUUCGUACACUUGUGAUAUUUGUUUCAAGACGUUCGCUUACACAAAUUCGUUAGCUACCCAUAAGAAAACUCACAAAGGUGUGAAAGACAACGUCUGUGGGAUAUGUAAGAAGCAGUUUUCUCGGAAAACGUCACUGAGAAGACAUAUGCUCAUUCACUUGAGGAAUAAGAAUUUUAGUUUUAAAGUUCGCCUGAAGCCCAAAAUAGUUCCAAAAGACAGAAUUGAGAAAAGAUUAAAGUGCGACGAAUGUAGUCGUAAGUUUGGGAGUAAAGCGCUACUUCUAAAACAUCUAAAACAACAUACACAUAAGUAGUUUAAUUUUUUUUAUACAUAAAUUAUAUUUAAUAAAUUCUACUAAUAAUA